UGUGCUAUUUAAUUCCAAACAUUUCCUGAGGGGCAGAAAAUGAAACCUGGAGGGGGCCAGGGGCUGUCCCCAGGGAUGAAUCAGCUGGAAAGCAGCUCAGGAAGGAUGUGACAGUGCAGCUGCUGGCUCCUGACUGAGCUGCUGCCGGAGAGCAGCUGAGGGAGGAGGAGGAGGAGGAGGAGGAGGAGAGCAGGGCUGCCGUCUCAGGUUUCCAUGCACUGCACGUGUGGGUGGUGCGAGCUGAGCCUGCUCCAGCCACCGAGCGAGCGGGGAGCAUGGGGCAGGUGGCUUGGAAGGCUUUAUUUCUGUCUCUCUUCGAUUAUAAAACCGAGAAAUACGUCAUUGCCAAGAACAAGAAGGUUGGGGUCCUCUACCGAGUGGUGCAGCUCUCCAUCCUGGCUUACCUGGUGGGGUGGGUGUUUGUGGUCAAGAAAGGCUACCAGGACACAGACACGUCCCUGCAGAGCUCUGUCAUCACCAAGCUGAAAGGGGUGGCCUUCACCAACACCUCGGAGCUGGGGGAGAGGAUUUGGGAUGUUGCAGACUAUGUCAUCCCUCCCCAGGGUGAAAGUGUCUUCUUUGUCAUGACAAAUCUGAUUGUGACCCCAAACCAGAGACAAGCCACGUGUGCUGAGAGUGCCAGCAUUCCCGAUGCUCUGUGUGACAGGGACACGGACUGCCUGGAAGGGGAAGCAGUGGUGGCUGGCAAUGGGGUUAAGACUGGCCGUUGUUUGAAAGACAGGGGCAGCACCAGAGGGACUUGUGAGAUACUGGCCUGGUGCCCAGUGGAGAAAAGAUCCAAGCCCAAGAAACCACUUCUGGGCAGUGCAGAAAACUUCACUGUUUACAUCAAGAACUCCAUUCGCUUCCCCAAGUUUAAGUUCUCCAAGAUGAACGUGCUGGCCACUGACAACGAGUCCUACCUGAAGAGCUGCCGGUACAGCCAGGAGCAUCCCUACUGCCCCAUCUUCGUGCUGGGCAACAUCGUCCGCUGGGCUGGGGGCGACUUCCAGGAAAUGGCCUUGCAGGGUGGUGUGAUAGGAAUUCAGAUUGAAUGGAACUGUGAUCUUGAUAAAGCCCCUUCUGAAUGUAAUCCUCACUAUUCUUUUAGCCGGCUGGAUAACAAGUCUGCAGAAACCUCCAUCUCUUCUGGGUACAACUUCAGGUUUGCCAAGUACUACCGGGAUGCUGAGGGGGUCGACUACCGGACGCUCAUUAAAGCCUACGGAAUCCGCUUCGAUGUGAUGGUGAAUGGCAAGGCAGGGAAAUUUAACAUCAUUCCCACCAUUAUCAAUAUCAGCUCGGGGCUGGCACUCAUGGGAGCUGGAGCUUUCUUUUGUGACCUGGUGCUGAUAUAUCUGAUCAAGAAGAGUAACUUUUAUCGAGGCAAAAAGUAUGAGGAAGUCAAGUCCAACUCCAGGAAGUCCCUGUCGAGCCCUACGCUGAACGGGAAUCAGAGCCCGGAGCAGCUCGAUGGGCUCUAGGCACAGCAGAGGCUCUGCCAGCUCCAGGAAACCCACACAGGUGUGGCACCACACCAGCACUGGGAGGUGGACAUAGCCCAGAUCAGGCCUGCUAUGAUCAGGAUUCCCAGAGGAAAAAGCCUUCUCUAAAGACUGCCUUUCUUCCCUGAGAUUUCUCUGGGAUCCUGAGCUUGCAACACGUGUCGUCACUAUGGAUUUAUAAAAGGAUUUUUAUAAAAGGACAAAGAAGGCACCAAAAGAAUGUUUUUAUACCCACUGAUAGAUAUAUCUGUACUUAUGCCAAUAGCCAGUGUUGUCCUGUGGCUGUGCUUUGCUUCCAUGUGGAGAAAAGCUGCGAUGGGAGCACUUUGGGAAGGGCUGAAGCUGAAACCCAACUGUGGCAGCCACCGCCUCCAGCUCCUGCCUGGGUGAUGCUGUGACAUCAGGCGUGAAGCAGCAGGACUGCUCUGCUCAGGAGAUGCAGGGAAAUGUGGCACUGGAGCUGGGGCUGUGAUCCUGCAGGGCCUGAGGCAGGGGGGAC